GUCGUUGUUUUUGCUUCUUAAUACUUAUUUUAGGGUUUCAAAGUCUUCCAUUUCUUUUUUAAACUCUUCCAACCUCGAUACCAAUUGAAACCCUCCUUUCAUUCCCAAUUCAAUUUCCUCACCUUCUUCUCCCUCGAUUCCCAGUAUUUUCGCUUCAGAUUUCGGGUCACGCGAUUGAUUUUUUUAUGCCGCGAUUGGUUUUUUAUUGGCGUUUGCGAGGGUUGGAAUCGCUUGUCGAUAGCGACGAGGAACGGUUGUUUUAACGAAAGAAGGGGUGCGGUUGUGGGAGUGUUUCGAGUGGCUCGUGAAGAUUAUAAAUUGAAAGUAACCCUAGCUAGUUGUGUAGGCUCAUGAUAUUUGGUGAUUGAUUUGGGAGUGUGAUCCUUAGUGGGUUUUGCUUUUUAGGGGGUGCUUGGAGAGGAAGGGCAUGGAGAAUGGUCACGAUGGGAAAUUGGCCGAGAAAUUCUCUGGCUUAAGCAUUAACCAGCACGGUCAACAUGUCCAUGAUCAAUCUAACUUCUCUUCUAACAACAACGAUAACUUGUAUCAGGUCAUGAAGGCUGUUGAAGCUGCCGAGGCCACUAUUAAGCAACAGGUAGAAGAGAAUAAUCGGCUUAGGUCUGAACUUCUGAGUAAAAUUCAGGAACUGGAAAAAUAUAGGCAAGGAGAAUCAGUGGAUCAAAAAGUACGUUCUGUUGCUCCAUGGAAAGAGCAGGGCCAUGGAUCUUAUGAAGCUCAUCAAUCAGUUCCAUCUCCAGCCAGAAGCAAUGCAGGUAACCAUUCUGAGAACAGUCAAAUAAAUGGGACAUUGAGAGCACAGCCAAAUGAUCAGCAACCUAUGGAUAAUACUGGCCACUCUCAGUUGUCUUCACCAUCUACAAGGUCAGUCUCUCCAAGCAGGCAUCUACAAGAAGGAGAUCUUGAUCACCGAUUUAAUUCACCUCGGCAAGGAUUGAUGUCAAUGGCUGAAACGAAUAAUAAUAAUACCUUAUUGAAGCAGGAUCUGGCCAUUAAGAUUCGGGAACAUGAAGAGGAGAUCAUUCUAUUAAGGAAACAUCUUGCUGAUUAUUCUGUAAAGGAAGCACAAAUACGCAACGAAAAAUUUGUCUUAGAAAAGCGCAUUGCAUAUAUGCGUCUGGCCUUUGAUCAGCAGCAACAAGAUCUUGUGGAUGCUGCAUCAAAAGCUUUAUCGUAUCGACAAGACAUAAUUGAAGAAAAUAUACGUCUUACAUAUGCAUUGCAGGAUGCACAGCAAGAAAGAUCAACAUUUGUUUCUUCUUUGCUGCCUCUUCUUGCAGAAUACUCCCUGCAGCCGCCUGUUCCUGAUGCCCAAUCAAUUGUUAGCAAUGUCAAGGUUUUGUUUAAACAUUUACAGGAAAAACUUCUUCUCACUGAGUCAAAGCUAAAGGAAUCACAAUAUCAACUGACGCCUUGGCGUUCAGAUAUGAACCAUCCAAAUGUUGCCAUACAAUCACCCUCUCACUCAAUUGGUGCACCUUUGAAUAAAAAUGGCCUUGAACUGGUACCUCAGCAUAUGUACCCUCAAGUAAAGACUCAGGUCUCAGAUGAUGCUCAGACAGGCACUGAUUGGGAUAUUUUGAAUCGCCACCAGAAUGGCUUGGGUGGUGGGGUGGCAACAAAUGUUGAUGCUGAUGAUUCAGGGAGAUAUUCACCUCUUGCAAGCAGGAAUUCUUCAGCCCAUGAUGUAUCCACCCAUCUGGUUGUUACUCAAGGUGAUACUCAUCCUACACAUUAUGGGGAGGAGAUGACUAACAAACACGUCUCAUUUCAUGAACCUGUGAGCAACAGUGAAUUUGAUUAUCCCGAUGGAGAUGGAACCCAGAACGAGAGAGAAACAUCUGCUAACUGGAGUUCAGGCAACCCUCCUUAUGCAAACACAGUUGAUGAUCCUAGUUCUUCAUAUUCUCCUUAUUUACCACCGGUUCUUGAAGAGCCUUCUUCUUCAUUUUCUGAGGGUGCAGAUGAUGAUCCAUUGCCAGCUAUAGAGGGCCUUCAAAUUUCAGGGGAAGCCUUUCCAGGAAGGGAACUUCAAGCAUGCGGUUACUCCAUUAAUGGCACUACUAGUUGUAAUUUUGAGUGGAUUCGGCAUUUGGAAGAUGGUUCCUUCAAUUAUAUUGAUGGGGCAAAGCAACCCAACUAUCUUGUCACUGCUGAUGAUGUUGAUACAUUACUUGCCAUUGAAGUCCAGCCUCUGGAUAACAGGAAGCGCAAGGGAGAACCUGUGAAGGUUUUUGCCAAUGAUAACAAAAAGAUCACCUGUGAUCCUGAAAUGCGGAGCCACAUAGAGCGGGCUUUUUAUAGUGGCCAUGCUUCAUAUAAAGUUUCUCUUUCGACUGGAUAUCUUGAUAUAUGGGAACCAGCCACUUUGGCCAUUAAGAAGGAAGGCUGCAGUAUCAAGUGCAGUGGACCAAAUGGAGUUGUAAUCACAGAAAAAUUUUCACCAUCCACCACUGUUGUGAUUCCAUAUGGACAUAUUUCAGAAUUUAUUAUAAUUGGUUCUAGUGGCACUGAACAUCUUUUAAGAGCAGAAAACAACUCAACAGAUGCCAGUGGUGCUAGAGACACUAUCGUGCUCACUUUGAGAUUAUUCAUCCUAAGGGCUGGGGAGAAAAGGAGAGUAAAGAAGAAGGGAUUAUUCUUUAACAAGUAGGGGAAACAGGUACUUGGCAGAAAAUCUCUGCUGUAAGUGGAAUGUGCCGACCGAGAUGGUGACUGGGAGUUGUGUGUUUUGUGUGCUAACUAAAUUUUUGCUCCGUUUCAUAUUCUAUAAUAGGGUAGAUUAGCUUGAGCUGUAAUUGUGAAUUUAUACAGUCAUUUUUUUUCUUCAAUAUUUAGUAAAUUCUUUUUAGCUCCUUUCCGUGCCAUGCAAGUCCAUUGUUUUACUCCAUACUGAUCUUGUUAUCUUGUGCAUCUGUUAUGCAUGUACCCUUGUGCAAUGUGCCUACAUACAAAAGCUAUUGCUCCCACCUUCAUGAACUAAAAUGAUUCAGAGGACAAUGAUAUAGUUGCUGUU